GUAAGACGCCAUGUCAUAAUGAGAACAGUUUGUAAAUUCUGACCUGUGAUGCAGUUGGAGUCAAGUUUUGCCACAGUAUUGUACAGUACUUAUUUCACUGAUUGGGAUACAUUGUAAUAAGUUGGACAUAACUUAAAUACAGUGCUGAAUAAAGAAGAAGGAACAUUUUGAGGACAGAAAAAAAACAUUUGUACAUACAAACAAUGAGUGAAAACUUGAAGAUGAAUACAAAUGAAAAAAAGAAGAUGAAUACAACUGAAAAAAAGUUUAAGUGUGCGUUUUGUGAAAGUGCAUAUAACUAUAAGAGCGAUUUAAAGAGACAUAUAAGAAAACAUAGUGAAGAAAAACCAUUUAAAUGUAAUGUAUGUGGAAAAGGUUUUAAACAAAAGAGUCACGUAAAACAACAUAUGAGAGUACAUACAGGAGAAAAACCAUAUGAAUGCAAAUUAUGUAGUAUGGGUUUUACGCAAAUGAGUCGUAUUAUGCAACACAUGAGAAUCCAUACUGGAGAAAGAGAAAAAGUAGGAAAACGAUAUAAAUGUGAUAAAUGCGAUAGUAAAUUCGCUCGAAAGAAUUAUCUCACAAUACAUUUAAGAGUGCAUACUGGAGAAAAACCAUUUAAAUGUAAUAUAUGUGAUAGUGCAUUCAGCAGAAAGAUGGUGCUAAAGGAACAUAUGACCAUACAUACAGGAGAAAGACCAUUUCAUUGUAAUGUGUGCGAUAAAACAUUCAGACAAAAGAUAUGUCUGAAAAACCAUAUGAGAAUACAUACAUUAGAAAAACCAUUUGCAUGCGGUCUAUGUGAUAAAACAUUCAGACAAAAAGUACAUCUAAAAACCCAUAUGAGAAUACAUACAGGAGAAAAACUAUUUACAUGUGGCGUUUGUCAGUGUAGUUUUAGUACAGUUGGUGGUCUUAAGCAACAUAUGAUAAUACAUGUUAAUAAUGGUUAAAAAACUAUGUACAUGUAAUGAAUGUAACUGUACAAAUUACAAUUGUGUGAUUUCAGCUUUAGAACAACCAGUUUUAGACCAUUUUUAGCUCGACUUUUCUAUGAAAAGGGGAGCUAUCCUACUCGCCCCGGCGUCGGCGUCGGCGUCGGCGUCGGCGUUGGCGUCGGCGUUGGCGUCACACCUUGGUUAAGUUUUUCGUACCACCCCACUUUAUUUCAGAAGUAUUACAAGUAUGGCUUUGAAACUUACCAUACUUGUUCACCAUCAUAACCUCCAUCUACAGACAAGAGUACAUAACUCUGUCAAGGUUUUUGACAGAAUUAUGGCCCUUUUUUGACUUAGAAAGUGUAUUGAGCUUGGUUAAGUUUUUUGUACCACCUCACUUUAUUUCAAAACCAUUGGAGGUAUUGCUUUGAAACUGACCAUACUUGUUUACCAUCACGACCUUCAUCAACAGACAAGAGGACAUAACUCUGUCAAGGUUUUUGACAGAAUUAUGCCCCUUUUUGACUUAGAAAAUACAUUGAAUAUAAGUAAAAUCCACUUAUUGCCUUAACCCUUUGAGAUAUUGCUUUGAAACUUUUAAUGCUAUUUCACAUCAUUACCCCCAUCUGUACGCAAGAGAAGGUAACUCUGUCAAGAAUUUGUUUUAAAAAUUAAGGCCUUUUAUCGACUUAGAAUCUUGGUUAAGUUUUUUGUACCACCUCACUUUAUUUCAAAACCAUUGGAGGUAUUGCUUUGAAACUGACCAUACUUGUUUACCAUCACGACCUUCAUCAACAGACAAGAGGACAUAACUCUGUCAAGGUUUUUGACAGAAUUAUGCCCCUUUUUGACUUAGAAAAUACAUUGAAUAUGGGUAAAAUCCACUUAUUGCCUUAACCCUUUGAGAUAUUGCUUUGAAAACUUUUAAUGCUAUUUCACAUCAUUACCCCCAUCUGUACGCAAGAGAAGGUAACUCUGUCAAGGAUUUGUUUUAAAAAUUAAGGCCUUUUAUCGACUUAGAAUCUUGGUUAAGUUUUUAGUACCAGUCCACUUUUUGACUGAACUGUUUGAGAUAUUUAAUUUGAAAGUUGGAAUACUUGUUUACAAUCAUGAUUCCCAAACAUGUCCAGGAGAAGGUAAUUCUGUCAAAGAUUUUAUUUGAAUUAUGGCCCUUAACUGUCAAUGUUUUGUAUUAUAGGCAAGCACUAAAAAACUUAAAAAAUCUAAAAAAAUUCAUUCCUAUCCACUUGUUCACUCUCAAAGUGGGUUUAAUACUAUUAAAUUUAUUUAAGGCUCAACUCAGUUUUUUUUUCUUUCUUACCAGCCCUCUUUUGACUUAAACAUUUCAAACUUUGCUGCAGUGUUCAAGGGUAUCACACAAUUCAGUAAAAUAAUUCUUCACUAAAUAUCUUAAUGCUCAUGGCCAUUGUUCACUUUAAAAAUACAGAGAUUCUUGUAUUGCCUUUUACUGCAAAAACUUUUUUUAUUGGCAAGCAAUAAAAAAGUCGAGCGCGCUGUCUUACGGACAGCUCUUGUUGGUCUUGACUAUUAUGCUCCCCGAAAAAUUUGGGGGAGCAUAUGUGAUAAGCUCAGCAAUUUUGGUCCAAAUGAGAUAUUUAACAACUGUUUCACAGAAAUGAUCACCAUAUUGCAGGUCAAGGUCACAGCAGGACCUUGCAGCAAAAAUCGUGUCUGGCCCAUAUCUUUGUUAUCUCAAGUUUGGUUUACAACUAUUUCACAGAAAUGAUCACCAUACUGAGAUGACGUGUCACACGCAACAGUUGGGUUGUUUUUACACUUUUAACUUUGUCUGUGACAUAACUCUGACACUACAAGAGGUAAAACCUUCCAGAUUAAAAUAUGAAAAUGUAUUUUGGACAAUUUAGUAAUCAUUUAUUGAGGGAUUGAAACACAAAUGGUCACUAUCAUAACUACUGGUAUAAAACAUGAAAUUUAGGUGAAUAUAUCAAGGUCAAGGUCACUUAAGAUGAUAAAAUAUAGAAAUUUGUCCAGAGUAUAAUCCUCCACACAUGGUGGGAUUCCAAUAAAACUUCAUAGAAAUGUUCAACACUAUGAGAAGCAGUGUCACGUGUAUGAAUCAGGUUUCUAGGUUAAAGGUUAAGGUCACACUUAGAGGUCAGUGAAAAUAGCUUGUUUUGAGCCAAACUUCUACAUUCAUUAACUUGGCACAAAUAUUCACCAUUGUGAGGCUGAUUGCGCACAUAAUCCAGGUACCUGUUACCAAAGUCAAGGUCACAUAGAGAGGUCAAAAUUUGUAUACGGGGACCAUCUCACCAUCUUGUCAUCAUUUAUUGAUGGAUUGUAACACAAGUAAUAAUUAUGACUACAAGUGUGACACAUUUAAUUUAGGUUAAUAUUUGAAAGGUUAAGGUCACUAGAGAUGAUAAAAUAUCCAGAUAAUUUCCUGAUUUUCCCAGAACACAUCUCCUAUAUAUGCAUAUCUAUAAUGCCCACAUCUCUGUCUAAAGCUUUUGUGACGGGUGUAUUUUGCGACAAUGUCGCCGUUGUUAAAGAUUUGUUUAAACCUUUUAAUUGCUUGCUUUUAGAAAGAGUAAAAAAAGAGUUGAGUGGUUCCCCAACUGGUUGCCCCCUCCCAGUGGUGGGUCUUGAUGCUUAUUGAUGUUGUUUGUACAAUAAGAUAUUUAGUCAUUGGCAGAAUAAAUGUUUCUAUCACAACAGUUAACCUUGUCUCUGAUGUUUUCUUGUGUUCAUUUGUUUUAACAAAAGUACAAAUGAGCUGCGUCACAACAAAACCAACAUAG